AGCUACCCUUAAAUAGCAGUGCGAUAAUGGAACAUCUUAAAAAUUCCGAUAGAUUUGAGCGACUGUUGAAUAAUAAAAUGUUUUCGACGAUUUUUAUUAUUACCUUGAUUGUUGGGACCACCACCGCCGGGGUGGCAAUAAGCCGGCGCUCGGCUGGGACAUCUGUUGUCUAUGUGCCUCCAAAAUCUGCACCAGCUGACAAAGAUGGUUGUUACAUUAAAGAACUAAAUGAUUAUAUACCUUUUGGACACAAUGUCACUAUUGGAAACUGUAUGCAAGUAACAUGUGAAGAGACGCUGAUGGAAUUUGCUACAUGCGGCGUAUUCGUCCGUCCCAAUUGCGUAGAGGUUCAAGACUUAUCUAAACCGUACCCAGAAUGCUGCCCUACUGAAAAGUGCGAAGGAGUCGAUGAUGACACCGAGGCGUCUCAUAAUAGCUAGGAGGGUAGUGGAUGGAGCAAUUUAUAAUUAAGAAUGGAAAGAUGUAGAAGUACUUUACAUAAGAAAAAUAGUUCAAUGAUGAUAAUUAAUAUAUAUAAUAAUAUUCCUAGAGAAAUAAGAGAGCUACCUAACACAAAAUUUAAAAGAAAAUUAAAAGACUGGCUUAUUGAAAAGUGCUUCUAUACCCUAGAAGAAUUUUUUAAGUAUAGAAUAUAAUUUUAUAUGUAUUAAUAGGGUUAUUUAAGUCCUUAAGUUUUCGCAUGCCUACUGAAGGCGAAAUGUAUUUAGCUACAUAAUUACCUGUUACCACCUUUUUUGUACCAUAUUUCGGCGAAUAAAGAUUUAUUAUUAUGUAUGUUCUUUACAUAAUCACGGGACCACGGGGUCCCGGACCUUUGGAAGGCGUACGAGGGGCCGAAGCCAACUCGCAGAGGCCCGUUGAACAAUUUUAAUCUAAAUGUAAGGGGACAUCAGCCGGCGAUUAUCCCUGUAUGCACUAUGGAAGUACACCAAAGGACAAUCCCCGGUUGAUGCAGGACUAUUGUGAGAUAUGGUAAAAGGAAAUGAUAGGGAUAUGGGUGUGGGUGGCUGUGGAAUAGUUAACCGGUUAACUAUGGGGACCCCUAUGCCCCUGACCAAUAUUGAAAAAUACGGAUAAACAGGCAGGGGUUGACUCGCAAACUCAAUAAUGGGCCCCGGAAACGGCCGCUAGCAUGUAGCGACAAGGGAAGCAACAUCCGUUGAGCUGCUUGAGGAAGGGGGGGCAUCCCACGGCUAUCAGAGCAAUCCCGGAAGUACGGUCAAGACCCCUACCAGCAUCUUACUGGGAUACGUCCUUACUCCAAGUGGAGCUGAAGGCAACUCCACUCUUGCGAAUCUCCACUCAAACCAGCCGAUUAAGGCAAGAGUGAGGUAGGAGAGGCCACUCCGGAUAGUCACGAGUACUAACCGGAGUUAAAAAGUAGGGCCUCUCCCGGGAGUCAGGUCCGUGGGGUCGCCACUGCCCAACAGCUCGCCACAAGCUGCCUUGCGGACUUAUUAUUAUUAUUAUUAUUUUUCUUUUCCUUUUUAUUAGCUCGGCUUCUGGGCCGGAUUUCAGAGUCAGUACGGGCCAAAGCCAAGUGCUAACUCACAUGGAUGUAUCAAUUUUAGGUGCGGGUGAACGAAACAUUAUCUGUUUCGCUUAGGAACUUUCUGACUAUGUGGCAUGUGUUUAAAAUAGCAGCUUUCUGCAGGUUUUGAUAUGUGUAGGACGGGAGGUCGAGGGUUUUUAUGGACUGAUGAAGCUGUUUAGGGAUGACUCCUGUUGUUGAAAGUACUAUAGGGACUAUAGUGAC